AUGUCUGCUGAGGGUGUCGAUGCGGCCGCGCCGAACCUCAACCUAACACCGGAAGAGAAGCGUCUCUAUGGCCAGCUAUUCCGCCAAGCCGAUACCGAGAGCGUAGGUGUCGUCACUGGCGAGACCGCUGUCAAAUUCUUUGAGAAAACUCGAUUGGACUCUAGAGUACUAGGAGAGAUAUGGCAGAUUGCGGACAAGGAGAACCGAGGCUUCCUGACCCCAGCAGGCUUUGGGCUUGUUCUGAGGCUCAUUGGCCACGCACAAGCUGGACGUGAGCCGACGACCGAGAUAGCCCUUCAACCGGGACCACUGCCGCGCUUCGAUGGCAUACCUCCACCGGCGGGCCUCGCUUCUCCCACUGCUCCUCCCGCAGCUGCUCUGCAAGCUCAAGGCACUGGCGGAGGUCCGAUCAGGAUCCCGCCAUUGACACCUGAGAAAGUCAACCAAUAUGCCGGAUUGUUUGAGCGCCAGCCGCUGCAGGCGGGCAACCUCCUCCCAGGUGACGCAGCAAAGUCUAUAUUUGAGAAGUCGGGGCUGCCGACCGAGGUGCUUGGCAGAAUCUGGCAGCUGGCCGAUACCGAACAGCGCGGAGCCUUAGUCUUGACCGAGUUCGUCAUCGCCAUGCAUCUUCUCACAUCCAUGAAGACUGGCGCCCUCAGAGGCCUUCCCACCAUCCUUCCAGCAGCUCUGUACGAGGCUGCAACCCGUCGCGGCCCCCCCGCGCCCAGACAAUCGCCCACCGGCACCGGUCCUGUUUCUGCUAUUCCCAGACAGCUCAGCGGCUCGGCCCAAUUCCGCGCCGGCAGCCCUCUUGGACGGCCGCCCAUCACCGCGCAAACGACUGGCACCCCCGCAAGCGACUGGCUCAUUACCCCGGAUGACAAGGCUCGCUUCGAUGUCAUUUACAAUGAUCUGGACAAGACUCGCAAGGGCUUCAUCACCGGCGAGGAGGCCGUCCCUUUCCUGAGCCAGUCGAACCUCCCCGAGGACGCUUUGGCUCAGAUUUGGGAUCUUGCAGACAUCAACUCCGAGGGUCGCUUGAACAGGGAAACCUUUGCCGUUGCGAUGUACCUCAUUCGGCAGCAGCGUAUGAGGCGAGACGGCUCCGUCUCCCUCCCGACAACGCUGCCCGCCAACCUGAUACCCCCCAGCCUGCGGACCCAGGCGCGGCCCCAGACGUCAGGCUCGCCCUUUGAUGCGCCUCCCCAGCCCCAACCCCCAGUCCCGGCUCCCGCCCCGGCGCCCAAGUCUGCUCUAGACGACUUGUUUGGCCUUGACACACCGCCUGCUCCCGCCCCUGCGCAAGUUGCCCUGUCGACGGGCGGUUCGAACGCGAACGACCCGUUCGGCUCCGGCUCGGCUGUCCUGGCACCUUCUUCCCCUAUCCGGCCCUCGCCCACCGGAACCCAGUUCAAGCCAUUCGUACCCUCGUCGUCCUUUGGCCGUGGACUCACUGUUCAUUCCACAGGAGACUCGAACUCGGGCAAACCUUCCGCUCCCUCGGCAUCCGAGGACCUCCUGGGUGACGGCGACCCCGAGGUCAGCAAGAAGCUCACCAGCGAAACUGCCGAGCUUGCGAACCUGUCAAACCAGGUGGGCUCACUGUCGAAGCAGAUGCAAGAGGUUCAGGGCCAACGUACUACGACGCAGAACGAACUCAAUCAAGCCAACUCACAAAAGAAGAACUUUGAACAGCGCCUGGCGCAACUCCGUGCCUUGUACGAAAAGGAAGCCAAAGACGUCGAGGCUUUGCAGGUACAACUGAACACCUCGAGAAACGAGACAAAGAAGCUUCAGGCCGAAUGCAUGACGUUGGACGGGACCUACAGGGACCUGCAGACGCAACACCAGCAAGUCUACGCCGGACUUCAGGCUGACCAGCAAGAGAACGCAAGUCUCAAGGAGAAAAUCCGCGCUUUCAAUGCCGAGAUUGCCCAGCUCAAGCCUCAGAUCGAGAAACUCAGGUCCGAGGCGCGGCAGCAAAAGGGUCUUGUUGCCAUCAAUAAGAAGCAGCUGACGACGACUGAGGGCGAGCGCGACAAGCUUCAGUCUGAAUUGUCCGAUCUCUCCAAGAGCAAUGAGGAGCUCUCUCGCCAAGUGAACACCAGUUCGCCCGUCGCGUCGUCGGCCCAGGUCGGAAGCCCUACGCCCUCCACCGCCAGUGGAAACAACCCCUUUUUUAGGAGAACGGCUAGCACUGACAUCAUGAGUUCAUUCGCCUCGCCGCCGCCUGCCAAGCCUUCCAGCGGUGACAAGUCCUUUGAUGAUGUCUUUGGCCCUGCAUUCCCCCCUGCCGGGUCUGCUAGCACCCCACCGCCCGCCACAUCCUUCAAGCCGCAACACACUGGUGCGUCGACUACCAGCUUGGGCUCGUUCUCGACACCCCCAGUCUCCACGCCACCCAAUGUCAGCCGCCAAGCUACGCUCGCAGCCGAGCCUCCUGCUCCUCCAGAAUCGAGGCAGAUCAGCUCGAGCUUCCUCCCCUUUGCCGACGCAAAUGAAUCCCUGAGCUCGUCUCGGGCUGUCUCCCCGCCUACCUCUCGAGCGGAGGAUGGCGUUGAGACUCCCCAGGCGAGCUCAUUGCCUGGAGCGUUUCCCCUUGAACCUACGGCAACGGGUCAGAGCACAGCUUCCACAUCGACCGCGAGCAACAAGGAGCCCACAGUCCAAGACGAUGCGAAUUCGUCGAACAACGGAGUGGCUGCUGUGCCGGACAAUGCUGCGGUGGACGCUGACCCGUUUGCGGCCAUGGGCCCGAACGAUGCCAAGGCUGAUUUCGACGAUGCCUUUGCCAGCUUUACCAGUGCACACCAGAGCUCGGAAAAGUCUGGUGCUGACGCAGCCAAAUCGUUCUCGGCUUUUGAUUCCGAGUUCCCGCCCAUAUCUGAGCUUGACCGAGAAGACGAUGAUUCCGACACAGCAAGCGAGGGCGGUGGUUUCGGCGGCGGUUUUGAUGACGACUUCGCCCCGGCGUCCCCCCAAGCGAAGAAGACGGAAGCCCCUGAAGCUCCCAAGGAGGCUACUUCUCCUCCACCUGCCGCUGCAGCUGUGGCACCUGUCCCCGCUGCCCAAGACGAGCCUGCGCCUGCGCCUGCGCCUGCGCCUUCUGUUGCCCCAGCCGCUGCUCCCGAGGUCACGGAAACUACUAUUGCACCCGUCGCCCUCGCCGCACAGCCUGCGGUGCCCACGGCGAAGUCUUCCUUCGAUGAACUUGACGACGACUUCGAGGGUCUCGAGGAUGCCAAGGAGGGCUCGGCCGACGACGACUUCCAGACGAUCUCUAGGUCCGGCCUGGAUGAUUUCAACCCUGUCUUUGACAGUAGCCCGCCACCCAGUCAGGCCAAGACCGAAUCCACAGCGUUUGGACAUGAGAGUAGCUACGACUUUGGAUCAGUGUCGCCAAACCCCGCCGCAGGUCUUACUGCCGGAGCAUCGGCGAAGAGCGCAGGAGCCCCGGAGGCACAGGACUGGGAUGCCAUCUUCGCCACUCUCGACUCGCCCAGCGACACCAACGCAAACCCCACCGCAGGUGCUCCCGCCCCCGCCCCCGCCCCCGCUCCCCCGGCCGAAGAGACUCGUCCGGCCCCUGGCAGAGCUCUCACUCAGUCGGGUGAGCACGAUGACCCGAUCCUGAAGAACCUCACCAGCAUGGGCUACUCGAGAGAGGAUUCGAUUCUCGCUCUGGAGAAGUAUGACUACAACUUGGAGAGGGCUGCCAACUAUCUUGCAAGCCAAUCAUGA